AUGUACCCCGGAAAUAGUGGCACGAGUAGGACGCGGGCUAUGCUCUGCGAGCUGCUUGCGAUAAGGCUGCUUCGCGAAUACUCGACGAGAGAACUCAUCGAUGCACUUUCCUACGACUUCGACCCACUGCAGGGCCAGGUUGAGCCAGCGGCGGUAACAGUCAAUGGCACACCUACUGCAGUCGUGCCACGACGCCCACAACGAGUCGCUCGAGUGUCCUGCUACGAGGUCGCCUUGCGUGCUCAGGCUAAGAGGUUCCUCGCCCAUCCUACUGUGGUACAGCAACUCGAAGCAAUCUGGGCAGGAACAAUUGUGUUUCAUUCUGCGGCCGACAGCAUGCACCGGAAGCUACCAAAUGUACGGCAACUUGAACCUAGCUAUGGCACCGUCGACACGAGUAAAGGCGUUCCCUUCGAUCCCAAAUUGCUGCGCAGAGCGGUGACGAUCUAUGAUCCUAACGAUGCAUCCUUGAUGAAGCUCUCGCGGCUAAGAGUGCCACGCUACCGCAACAUCCUCUCAACACUGUCCUUCGCGGUGUUACUUGGCCUCUUCGUAGCAGUGCUGAUCGAGCGAUCUCUAGAGAUUACCACUCUUGAAGUCGUCUUUUGGUUCUGGGCUGGUGGCUAUAUGCUUGACGAGAUAGUCGGCUUCAACGAGCAGGGCUUCAGCUUGUACAUUGCCUCGUUCUGGAACACCUUCGACUUGGGAAUUCUUCUUCUCUUAUUCAUUCACUUAUGUCUACGGAUCUAUGGUAUCGUCAUGGUGGAUGUACGAAAACACACCAUCGCCAACAUGGCUUACGAUGUCUUAGCAGCUGACGCUAUUCUCCUGUUCCCACGCUUGUUUUCGGUAUUGGAUCAUUACAAGUAUUUUUCUCAGCUGCUCAUUGCCUUCCGUAUGAUGGCGCAAGACCUAAUGGCCAUCUUUCUUCUCAUCUUAAUUAGCUGCUCUGGCUUCUUCGUGUCUUUGACACUAUCAUUCGGCAACGACAAACUGGACACGCCAGGCAACGUUGCCUACGCAUUGUUGCAGAUCCUGAUGGGUUUCACUCCUGCAGCAUGGGACCGUUGGGAGAACUACAACACUCUGGGAAAGAUCAUACUGACGCUAUUUCUGUUCAUUGCGCACUUCUUGAUUGUGGUCAUACUGAUCACAGUCCUCACGAACUCGUUCAUGGAGAUCGUCAAGAAUGCCAAUGAGGAACAUCAGUUCGUCUUUGCCGUCAAUACCAUCGCCAGUGUCAAGUCGGAUGCUUUGUUCUCAUACGUCGCACCAACCAACAUACUGCAAUGGCUCCUUACUCCGCUCCGCUACUUCAUACCAUUUCGGCAGUACGUCAAAGUGAACCGUACAAUAAUCAAGGUCACGCACUUUCCGAUCCUCUUCGCCAUCUACUCAUACGAGAAGGUCUUCCUGGGAUCGUCUGUGUAUGACAGCCUAGAAUAUGUGGAGAGGGGCAGACCCAAGCGCUCGUAUGCUCCGAAAGUCCCUCGGCUGGCAAGAGCUCCCUCGAUCGCCACUUUCAGACAGGACCGCGCAUUGGAUGAAGUCUUUCGACGCGUGCCAGAUUCGACUCUUCGUAAAGAAGUCAGCCAAGAUCGUCGUCAGACGAGCACGGCUGUCAACAAUUGGAUGACAGAGAUGGGCGAUGAUCUGACUGCACCACUAGAGCAGGAUCGGAAAAUUGUUGAUCGUCUCGAGCGUCAGAGACCUUCUGGUCAGUGGGGCAGGUCCAUGAGAGCGCGUCAGAAUCGCCUCGGUUCUGUUGCCUCGGAUCCGGAAGAGUUUAGAUCUAUGCAAGAGCUGUUCUCGCCAGGCCAACUCGCGAUACCAGAGGAGGUCACUCCAUCGCAGGUCGAAGGCCCGUCGCAGCACACCGACGCGGAUGGCGACGACGAGCUUGCCGCUACAGAACACGACGACGAGGCCACUAACAUGGACCAGUCUGGAAACAACACCGAUAGCGCAGAUGUGAUGCGUCUAAGAUUGCAACCGCCUAUGGACUAUUUCUCGCGUCAUGGCUCACCACGAGCGCGCGCGCCAAAAAGAGCCAGCCCUGUCCAGUCUCGUAAAGCACCGACUGACGAGGCUUCCGACGCAGCACAUCUUUCGAGUCGUCCAUCUCAACAUCAGCGCAACUUCUCGACAGCAACACAAAUCUAUCGACCUGAGUCAGGCAGCGAGCAGCCCGAGCCGAAGUCAGAAGCCGUCACACAGCCGGCGUCAGGGACUAUCAGCCACAGAACAAGUCCAACGACAGCACCAGCUCUCUAG